CCUUGAAACGUGCAGACCUGUCACUGCUAUGGGAGACUCUGUUGCAGACCCAGCCCUAGGGACAGGCUUGGAUCAGGCGCCCAGCUCGGUGUCACAGGGGAAUGGCGGGACAUCUCUCAGCGUCAUCGCGGAAGGAGUUGGGGAGCUGGUGGUUAUCGACCCCGAGGUGGCAAAGAAAGCCUGCGAAGAAGUCCUGGAGAAGGUCAAGUUGAUGCAUGGUGUUUCCUCGGACAGCUUAGCAAAAUCAGCCAAUAGCAACAAGGCAGAGUGCACCCUGCGGACUCCUGCAGAUUUGGCGAAUGGAGACAUUGGAGAAGGCUGUGAAAUCAAGUGCUUGGACGACUCACCUGACACAGCCUCGAGGAUCCAGGAGGAGGAUGAGACCACGGCCAACACGGUGAAAGUUGCCCGGAGGCGGCAGAAGAAUAACUCUGCUAAGCAGUCCUGGCUCCUCCGCCUCUUUGAAUCCAAACUCUUUGAUAUCUCCAUGGCCAUUUCAUACUUGUACAAUUCAAAGGAGCCUGGGGUGCAGGCUUACAUUGGGAAUAGGUUGUUCUGCUUUAGGAACGAGGACGUGGAUUUCUAUCUGCCACAGCUGCUGAACAUGUACAUCCAUAUGGACGAGGACGUGGGCGAUGCGAUCAAGCCCUACAUUGUGCAUCGCUGCCGGCAGAGUAUCAACUUCUCCCUGCAGUGUGCUCUGCUGCUGGGUGCCUACUCCUCAGACAUGCACAUCUCCACUCAGCGACACUCCCGCGGGACCAAGCUGCGGAAACUCAUCCUUUCAGACGAGUUGAAGCCAGCCCACAAGAAGAGGGAGCUGCCAUCUCUGAGCUCAGCACCUGAUAUGGGGCUGUCCCCUUCCAAAAGGACUCACCAGAGGUCCAAGUCAGACGCCACCGUUACCAUCAGCCUGAGCAGCAAUCUGAAGCGCACAGCCAGCAAUCCCAAAGUCGAGAGCGAGGAAGAGGAGCUCUCCUCGAGUACAGAAAGUCUCGAGAAGUCAUUCUGUUCCCCAGUCAGACUUGCCCCGGAGAGAGAGUUCAUCAAAUCCCUAAUGGCCAUUGGGAAGCGCCUGGCCACUUUGCCCACCAAAGAACAGAAGACCCAGCGGCUCAUUUCUGAGCUGUCGCUGCUCAACCACAAGCUCCCGGCACGCGUCUGGCUGCCGACGGCUGGCUUUGACCAUCAUGUGGUGCGGGUUCCCCACACCCAGGCAGUCGUGCUAAACUCCAAGGACAAGGCUCCCUAUUUAAUCUAUGUUGAAGUACUUGAAUGUGACAAUUUCGACACAGCGAAUGUGCCAGCUCGCAUCCCUGAGAACCGCAUCCGGAGCACGCGGUCAGCCGAGAACCUCCCUGAGUGUGGGAUCACACAUGAGCAGAGGACCAGCAGCUUCACCACCGUCCCCAACUAUGACAAUGACGAUGAGGCCUGGUCCGUGGAUGACAUCGUGGAGCUGCAGGUGGAGCUGCCAGAGAUGCACACCAAUAGCUGUGACAACAUCUCCCAGUUCUCUGUGGACAGCAUCACCAGUCAAGAGAGCAGGGAACCCGUGUUCAUAGCUGCUGGAGAUAUCAGACGGCGGCUCUCAGAGCAGCUAGCGCAUACCCCCACAUCCUUCAAGAGGGACCCUGAGGACCCGUCUGCUGUUGCCCUGAAGGAGCCUUGGCAGGAGAAAGUCAGGAGGAUCAGAGAAGGGUCACCCUAUGGCCACCUGCCCUCCUGGCGUCUCCUCUCCGUCAUUGUGAAGUGUGGGGACGACCUCCGGCAGGAGUUGCUGGCCUUCCAGGUCCUCAAGCAGCUGCAGUCCAUCUGGGAGCAGGAGCGGGUGCCCCUGUGGAUCAAGCCAUACAAAAUCCUCGUCAUCUCUGCUGACAGCGGCAUGAUUGAGCCAGUCGUGAAUGCUGUGUCCAUCCACCAAGUCAAGAAGCAAUCCCUGCUUUCGCUGCUGGAUUAUUUCCUGCAGGAACAUGGCAAUUACACUACCGAAGCCUUCCUGACAGCACAGAGGAACUUUGUGCAGAGCUGUGCCGGCUACUGCCUGGUAUGCUACCUACUGCAGGUCAAGGACAGGCACAACGGCAACAUCUUGCUGGAUGCAGAUGGACACAUCAUCCACAUUGAUUUUGGGUUCAUCCUCUCCAGUUCCCCAAGGAACCUGGGCUUUGAGACAUCUGCCUUCAAACUCACCACUGAAUUUGUGGAUGUGAUGGGAGGGCUGGACGGGGACAUGUUCAACUACUACAAGAUGCUGAUGCUGCAGGGGCUCAUCGCUGCCCGGAAGCACAUGGAUAAAGUCGUGCAGAUUGUGGAGAUAAUGCAGCAAGGUUCGCAGCUGCCAUGUUUCCAUGGCUCCAGCACCAUCCGCAACCUGAAGGAGCGUUUCCACAUGAACAUGACAGAAGAGCAGCUGCAGCUGCUCAUUGAACAGAUGGUGGACGGCAGCAUGCGCUCCAUCACCACCAAGCUCUAUGACGGCUUCCAGUACCUCACCAAUGGCAUCAUGUGAUGGCCCUGGCCCUCCUGCUCUGAGAGCCGCUCUAUGCCUGCCGUAGCGCCCCAGGCCUGAGCCUUGCCCCCAGGGACCAGCUCUGGCUCAACGGUUCAAGGACACUGAGUCUCAGCAUCUCCCAGGGCUGCUUUCGCUGACAUGGAUGGACAGACGGACACGCACACCAAAAACAACAACAAAAAGGAAAAAAAAAUGAAAAAAAAUGUAAGCAAAAAAA